AUGUCAUCUGAAGCAGAAGCCUCGACAACAUCGGGACACAACCCAACCACUAGCUCGACUUCUGUCCAAGAAAAUGAGCCAAGGGAACACUCUUAUGAACAGAAGUCUUUCGAUGACAGUCGACAAGAGAUGUGGAAUGAAGCGCACGAGAAUAAUGUUGCCUCUAGUCCUUCGACAUCUGCGCUGUCGUUUAAAGAUGAUCACAAAUUCAAAACUCCUGCUGUUCCACCGCGUCGACUAAAGGAUCGGCCACACGAAAUCCUUGGUUCACGGAAAUCUCGCUCUUCGUUUCCUUCUUCGAUGGUAGGACGUUUGCCGGAUCAAGUUGGGGAGAGUAAUCGAUCGACACGAACUGUUGCUGAACCUUCUACACUGGAUUUAGAGGCUCUCUAUAAGGAAGCGGACGCUGAAGUAACCAGAGUGAACUUCAAUGGAGAUCUUCUCCUCUUGCCCAGCAUACUUGUACAUAGUGACUACAUAUUUCGUCAAGUCGUGUCUAUUGAGACGUACUAUAGCUUGUCAGAAGAGGCUAGAACCCAUCUGAGACAAUUUUUACCCCCAAUUAAAACAGUAGCUGAAGAGCAGCACGCACUCGCCUGUGCUUUCACCAAACGGUUGGACCUAGUUCAUGGCAAUCCGAUCGAGCGGGUACAGUCCAAGCUGAAAAAUGGAUGGUUCAACCCUGAUCGCCCUUCGCAACAAAACCAAAUUCGAGACAACAAUAAAGUGCUAUAUGAUCAUUACAUUAGGUUCUAUCACAUGAAUCUUCUCAACAAACUAGUGAAGUCUCGCCAUGCCGUCUUACAACACUUGAUGUCAACAAGCGCCUCUUGCUCUCCGACGAGGCAGCCAAUGGAUCCAGAAACAGCAAAAAGGCGUAACGACAUGGAAAGGAUUCGACUACGUGCAGCGAAACGAAGCAGAGCGAUGAUCGCCGAUUGUCGGUUAAAAGUCGGAGAAGCGGGUUUCUCUAGCGAUGAAGAGGAUGAAGAUCUUUCGCUGCCAAUUAGCAAAGGAGUGACAUUACAUACUGCCCGAUCUACCCUCUUCACUCCCAAUAUGAAAGGUACUGACUUGGAUCUUCAUCAGCCAACUCAAAUGGAUGAUGUGAAAACUAUGCUUAAGAAGUACAAAAAAUUACGAAGAGAGGAACCUCAUGCUCCAAGUCUUGACAUUACUGGAAUCGAUUUGGAUGACGUCUAUGAACGUGCUGGUGUUCUUGCACAAUCAGAGAAAAUAAAGCAGACAAUGGAGGCAUUGGAGAAGAACCUCAAAAAAUGA